AUGCAAACAUCAAUCGCGGUCUCGAAAGGAGUGAAGGACGCAUUCCAAAUCGUUGUCGGUUUAAUGGUGGCGCUUGUGUAUGUUGCAAUAUCGCUGAUCUCUAUGGUAGUCGGAGUGUAUGGUUUCUAUAAAACGUUAGCGCUAGUGAGUUACGUCGACUACUACGACACCACCUCUACAGUGUACAGCCCUCAAUUCCUGUUCUACACAUCACUCGUUGUUUUCGUUUUUUGCACAUAG